AUGGCUGAUAUCCUCAAGGAAAAGGGCAAUUGUGCCUUCAAAGCAGGGAACUACGCCGAAGCUGAUAGGCUGUACUACAGUGCGAUUGUAUUGGACCCUAAGAACAGCGUCUUGUACUCGAAUAGAGCCAUUGCACUGGUGAACCUAUCACAAUGGGAGACUUGUGUCCAGGUAUGCGAUGAAGGUCUA